CUAAUCUAGACUGGUGAUAACGAUCCCUGCGCCUACAGCAUCCUCAGCCCGCCAGUACUGACAUCAGCACAGCCAGGCACCAUCACAUUAAUAAGCCUUACCAUUAACAUGUCCAUCAGGAGCAAUUUUGUCAGGCUACUGAAAAAGCAGAUCAGUGGCAUCAACCUGCAGAAGAAAUGUACUGACUCAGUGGCAGUAAUUGGAGCUCCAUUCUCUAAAGGCCAGAAAAGAAGAGGUGUGGAGCACGGACCAGCAGCCAUAAGAAACGCUGGGCUUAUUGACAGACUUUCUAGCCUAGGUUGUGAUGUAUAUGACUUUGGGGAUCUAAGCUUUGCCAAAGUACCUAAUGAUGAAGUAUACAACAACGUUAAACAUCCCCGUACGGUUGGACUUGCUUGUCAAGUGUUGGCUGAUGCAGUUAGCAGAGCAGUUGGAACUGGACACACCUGUAUAACACUGGGAGGAGAUCACAGCCUAGCCCUGGGGUCCAUCAGUGGCCAUGCACAACAAUGCCCAGACCUGUGUGUAAUUUGGGUGGAUGCACACGCCGAUAUAAACACUCCCCUGACUACUCCAUCAGGAAACCUCCAUGGGCAGCCAGUGUCCUUCCUCCUGAGGGAGCUUCAGGAUAAGGUACCACCAAUUCCUGGAUUUUCCUGGACCAAACCCUGCCUCUCCAGGUCUGAUAUUGUUUACAUCGGUUUGAGAGAUAUUGAUCCAGCUGAACAUUUUAUUCUGAAAAAUUACGGCAUCUCCUACUUUUCCAUGAGACAUAUUGACUGUAUGGGGAUUCAGAAAGUUAUGGAGAGGGCACUUGACCAGCUGGUUGGAAGGAGACAGAGGCCAAUUCAUCUCAGCUUUGAUAUUGAUGCUUUUGACCCUACAUUGGCACCAGCAACUGGUACUCCUGUCAUAGGAGGGUUAACGUACAGAGAAGGUGUAUACAUUACAGAAGAAAUUCAUAACACAGGACUUCUGUCUGCCAUGGAUCUUGUAGAAGUCAAUCCAGUUCUUGCAACAAACACUGAAGAAGUGAAAGCAACCGCCAGCUUAGCCGUAGACGUCAUUGCUUUCUCCCUUGGUCAGACGCGGGAAGGUGCUCACAAUAUCAUAGAUGAGUUACCCACACCCAGCAUAUCAUACGAGUCAGACAAUGAAGAACAAGUGAGGAUAUGAAUCUGGACAACAAACCUCCUGUUGUGCAUUCCAGAACUCUGAAGUAGCACUUAAGGAUUGAUACAGAGGAGAAAACAGUCGCUGUUUUGUUUUUGAUUUAUCUGCGUUCUUGAGUGUUUUUGACCAAUGACUAUCAGCGAUAAGGAGUAAUAAUAAUGGUGAAAGUACAAUUUUAAAAAAACAAAACAAAAAAAACAAACAAAUAUUUGUUUGGUAUGGAAUGAAUGAAUGGUUAAUUUGAAUUUAACCAAAUAUACACUGGCAGUUAUUUUUUUGUGUGAUAUUUCUGUAAUCUUUGGAUUCCAUGGUAAGCUGGAGGUCACAUAACCGCUUCUUGCUAAUAAUUAGAAGGGGAAGUAUUGAGAACUGAAACUUUUCAUAAUUUAAAAAUCGUAAAGGGACACAUACAUUAGUAGUAUAAGACUGCUCACAAAUACAAUGAGUAAAUAAUAGCGCGUUUAUACACUUGUAAUGUGUUUCUGAGCUUUAUAAAGAAACAUAAUUGCCUAAUUAUGAUUUAAUUGGAGAUUAGUUACUUCUUAUACAUACAUACACACAUAUAUGCGAUCAACAAAAAUAUAAACAUUUGAGUUAAUUUUUAUAUCUUUAAUUUAAAAAACAGCAGCACUUAACAGUCUAUGGCUCAUGCAGCCCAACUACGAUUAAUAAUCUCAUGGUUAUGAGAGAAGUAAAUUUGUGAAAUACAGAAACACAUUCUAAGGAAAUAAAAACAAUACUUUGAUUGUGUCAUAGUGCAAUAAAAAUGAAUUUUGGUGCUCACAGCUCAUUUCUGUCCUGCUGUAUAUAAAGGUGCAAUCUUGAAGAAUCACUAUGGCAUUUACCACCUUUAUGAAGAUCAACUCUGCAAUAGGUCAGGAUUUUUAAUGUAUUCAUAUUUUUGUAAUACACAAAGGCAGUGUGAUUUUUGUCCGCUCAACUUGGGUGCAGAUAAGUCACUCAAUGUAUAUUAGUCUUAAAGGCAUUUAAAUGGUUAACAAUGUUAACCAUAUACUUCUGUUUAGUACUGUUAACUUUAGUUUCAUUUUAUAGCUUUGGUUAAAACCAAAAUAAUAAUAAACAUGUUUAAAAAACAAAA